GUCUUUGAACUUCCUAGUUGUUGUAAACGCCACAGUUAGACCUGGCUUGAUAUUUUACAGAAUUUCAAGCACAUUUAUAGUUCACAGUAUUAAAAUGAUAUUUACCGCUUUGUCGAGUAGGGUCAAGCUCAUUUCAGGAUGUUCGUUGGCGUUUACCGCCGCCCGCAUGUGCUCAUCUGGCACUGCUGUAGCUAACCCAGUCGUCUACUUUGACAUUGCUGCAGACAACCAGACCGUUGGGAGAGUAACCUUCGAGCUGAAUGCCGACGUGGUCCCGAAAACUGCAGAGAACUUCAGAGCACUGUGUACAGGAGAGCGUGGCUUUGGCUAUAAGGGAUCCAUUUUCCACAGAAUCAUCCCUGGAUUUAUGUGCCAGGGAGGAGACUUCACAAACCAUAACGGGACUGGAGGGAAGUCAAUCUAUGGAACCAAAUUCCAAGAUGAAAACUUCCAGCUGAAGCACACUGGACCUGGCAUACUGUCAAUGGCCAACGCUGGGCCCAACACCAAUGGAUCUCAGUUCUUCAUCUGCACCGAAAAGACAGAGUGGCUGGAUGGCAAACAUGUUGUGUUUGGCAGGGUAAAGGCUGGCCUGGACGUGGUGAGGAAAGUAGAGUCGUUUGGAUCGCGCUCUGGGCGACCCUCCAAGAGGAUCACCAUCACGGACUGUGGAGAGCUUAUGUAGACCUCAUGGCCGUGUCCCAAACAUCACCCUAUUCCCCUUUGUAGUGUGCUACCUAUGUACUAGGGCCCAUAGGAAUCUGGUCAGAAGGGGUGGGUUAAAUAGCGAUUCAGGUACAGGGCAGGUGUGAUGUUCUGGGACCCUCUACUGUGACUUCAAUGUGAAAUGGUCCAUGGUCGACUGCUGUCAGUGGAUCUGUUGUUUAGACGCUUGUACAUAGGUGGUUCACUGAUUGUCAAAUGAUACAUUAUUGACCAAAGGUCAGGACAGGACAGUCUUUUGUGAACAUAGCCAUAGAGCCUGUACUGCGCUUUGACAAUAGUAUAUGCUUUUUUCAAAUGAUACCGGUGUCCAACACUGAACUGUUUCAAUUAGUAAUUUAUAACAACUAGUCCACGAAUCUUGUUCUGAGCUAGCUCUUCUAAUGUGGAUCUUAUCCAAGACAGUGUACACUGUCAGUGUAUUAGUCAACCAGUUUUUGUUUGUAAUUGCUAAUGAUUGUGAAAAUAACUUUGGUAGCAGGGGUCAUCUGUAGCAUUGGCAAUAAAAUAAUGUUCUCCUG